ACAAAAUAGAGUUAGUCAAAAAAUGUCUUGCAUUUCGAAAACAUCGCGAUUCCAAGUGCGUAUAAUAACAAAAAAUAUAAUCAAAAAGUGAAAGAUAAUAAAUCAUUGUCACUUCAAUAAAUACACUCGCCGGACGUACAUUCCCAUUCAAUGAAGAAAACUAAGGAACAGCACAAACAACCUACAUCGAAGUAGUGAAGUGAAGUGUAGUAAAUUUUCCGUCUUCUCUUUUGGUUCUUCUUUAAAUUUUAAUUUAAUUUUUUUGAUUCGCGGCUGGCAAUCAAAAAUAUCGAUAUUGUUUUUCUUCCAAAUUCUGCUCGCAGUGUUAGUUUACAUAGCAAUGUCAACAGCAUUUUUAACUUUUGUUGCCGUAAUUUUGUGCAUUCUUUUUCGGAUUCUAAAUGUUAAUUCCCAGGCGUAUAAGCCAGUGAUAUUUUGUUUCGAUGGAUCUUUCCUCGAUUGUAUAUUCAAAAUAGCACCUGUACUCCGAGAACCAUAUCUGCCGCCUCGCCUCUGGGGGUUUAGUGGGCAUGUACAAACUGUACUUCAUAGUAUUGUGGGACGAUUAAAUUGUCCUUGGCCUCUUGGAGAACGAGUGUAUUUAUCACUCAAAGAUGGCUCCACAUUGACCUACGAUUUGUAUCAGCCGUUAAAUGAACACGAAGAUGACAUCACAGUGGCAAUUUGUCCGGGAAUCGGCAACUCUUCCGAAACGGUUUACAUCAGAACAUUUGUACACUAUUCUCAACUUCAUGGCUAUAGAUGUGCCGUUCUCAAUCAUAUUGGCGCCUUACCUACCGUUCCAGUUACUUCAUCCAGAAUAUUCACAUAUGGUCAUACGGAAGACUAUGCAGAAAUGGUCGCUAAUCUAGAAAAGCGAUACCCCACCUCGAAAAUCGUUUCGGUGGGCUUUUCUCUAGGCGGCAAUCUGAUAUCAAAGUACCUUGGUGAAACGGAAAAAGAUCAUCCGAAGAAUAUCAUUGGUGGAAUUAGCAUUUGUCAGGGAUACAAUGCGAUCAGUGGAACGAAAUGGUUGCUAAUGUGGCAGAACUUCAGACGAUUCUACUUGUACAUUAUGACCGAAAAUGUGAAAAAUAUUAUCAUGCGACACAGAAAGGUGUUAUUGUCGGACGAAGUGAAGCAGAAAUAUCAGCUAAAUGAACGAGACAUUGCAUCAGCUGCUACACUGCCCGAAUUGGACGAGGCGUACACUAGACGUGUGCAUAAUUUCAAUUCGGUUAGCGAAAUGUACGAAUGGUCGUCGUCGGUCAAUUAUAUAUCCAGGAUAAAACAUUCGAUGAUUUACAUAAAUGCGAAAGAUGAUCCAAUCGUGCCUGACGAUUUAUUGACAUCGAUCCGAGAACAUUCAACUGCUCAUCCCAAAACAUUGUACAUCGAAUUGGCACAUGGGGGUCAUUUAGGAUUCUAUGAGGGUGGUUUGAUUUGUCCGAAUCCAGUGACAUGGAUCGAUCGUGUCGUUGUUGCCCUAAUUGGCGGUAUGGUGUUACACAAUCACUCAACAUUCCACAAAAGAAGCGAAGAGAGUAUAUGAGCUGAUUGCUUUUUAUUUCGUUGAUUGAUGUGUUCAUCUGGAGAUAUUAAUGCUAAACAUUUUUUACGAUGUUGCUGUUGUUGUGUGUUGCCUAUAAUUGACACCGCAGCUCUUGUUACACAAAUUUGAAAAUGUGAAAGUGUGUGUGUGUGUGUGUAAAAGUGUUUUUUUUUUAUAUCAGAAAAUCGAGAAAAAAAAAAAUGUUUGUUGGUCACACCAGUUUUAAAAUUUAAUUGAUACAAAAUGUUGAAACGAUUUCAUAGAUACGGCAACACCCGAGAAACCAAUGAUGUUCCUUAACUUUAUUUUUAAUCAUUUUUGUAUAACGACAAAUUUAGCUCCGUUUCGCUCAAAAAUUUAAGACGAACGGUCGAAUACGUUCGGGUUAAAUUAUUGAUAGAUCUGAGCUAACUAACGAAAUACUUUAUCCAUAAGCAUGGAAUGUGAGAUUCCCGGAGAUCAAAAAAUAACGAGAACAAUCGACAAACUGAAAUUGCUCGGAUGAUGCAGGAUGAAACUGAUGGGAGAAAAUGGUAAAAUUUUUGCAUGAAGUCGGUCAGAGCAAGAUCAAUAAUAAAUAUGAAAGUUUCAAUAUGCUCCCGAGUUAAUAAAUCAAAGACAUAAACAAUGAGAAGUAUGUCUCUUAUGUCCCUGAAGGAUGGUAAAAUAAAGCUCAUGACAAUCAGAUCUCCAUGAUGUAGACUCUUAAAGUCAUUUGAUCUUUCCCAAAAAAAAAGUUUCAUUAUUUCCGAGUGCUACGAAUAAAGAGAACAUAAAGCACGCAACAUAUUUUGAAAGUACCGAAUUUUCCCGGUGAAAAUUCAGCACUAUUCGAAUGUUGUCACAACGAUGAUUUAACAUUAAGGUUACACUUUGAUGCUUUUGCUUCAGCUGUCGUCGCUUCUUCGUUUUCAUACACAUCUCUAUGUAAACGUAUACUCCUCUCUGUACACGUACGAUUGAAUCAAACCACACGUCUACACACUGAUGUUUGAAAACAAGAGCCUCGCCAUUUAAUGUUGAAUCUCACUGUAUUUUUAUAACAUCGAAAAUUUUGGCCUGUCCAUUGUGGACAUUUGUCCAUAUGUUUUUUGAUCGAAGAGUACUCUCACAUUGCCAUAUCAUUGACAUGAAAAUUGAUACGCAUAAUUUUUUGGUAAAAUUACUGAGUUCAUACAAAAAGAAAAGAUAAACAAAAUCGAAAGAAUAUUCCAAUUUACGAUGAAAUUCCAUUUGAAAAUUAAAUUAUUUUAAAAGUAGAAUCCCUAGACAUACCAAAAAGUAAGGAAGAACGUCUCGAAGAUCGUCCUUCGCGUACAAAAUUCCUGAUGUAAGUCAAACAGGGAAUUAAACAUUGCGACGAAUUUGUAUUUUGAAUAGAGCCCGAUACGUUCGGAAUCCGUUCAUUCAAUUGUAAUCAGUCAUAAUAAUGGAUUCCAGGCUGGUACAUAAGUAAAAUGAAUUAAAUUGAAUGCGCUUAACGUAUGCGGCAAAUUCAGUUUCGUGCCUUUCAGUAAUAUGACGAUAGUAUCACGUUCUUAUUCACUGAAACCAUAUUAAACGGAUACGUCGAUUUUACCUCGCUAAUUGUUUUUCUGACAAACCUAUCGACGUUAUGUUAAUCGCACACGGAAUCGAACAAACGGACAGGUGCUCAGUUGUAUUGGUAGAGUUUAAACCGCAUAAAGUAUAUGUCUCGACUCUUGGUGGAUUUAUUUCUUUAAAAAAAAAUUCUUCGAUUUAUUGACAUAUCCAUUAGUCCAUAUUAUUCCAUGAAGCGCCUACAAUUUCAAUAAAUCGAGAUCCUCCAUUUAAUUUAGGCGACACAAAGUCAAAAAGACAAUUUUAAUUUUAAGUUUAGAAUUUUAGUUAGACAUUCAAAGAGAUCGAUUGUACCGGUUUCCAGUUCUAGGAUAUAUACGAAGAUGCAUUAGAGGGUGGAUGAAUAUGUAAAUUGAACGUAGAAGGAAAAGUUUGCUAUACUAAAUUAUGUGAAUGUUACAUGUCGUUUAAUGUGAUAAAAUUUAUAUAUAUUGAAUCGAGUACAUGGUACUUAAGGAUUUAUGAGUCAAGCGUGUUGUAUUAAAAAUCUCAACUAUAAGUUUGGUCUAAGUGUUUGGCACACUUGUUUUUGGACAGAAGAUUUUUUGUUUUGUUUAUUUAUGAUAUUUGCUGAUUACUAUUGAUAGAAAUAAACAUAGUCCCUAGCUUAUGAACAAUAUAAUAGUGAUUUGUAUAAUGAAUACGGGCAGCGUAUUUAAGAAUUUUAUAAGUGUUAAACACCAAUAACAAAAGGAAAACUUGUAAAAAGAAGAAUUUGUAAUAAUAAAUAUUAUACCAAAAAU